AUGUCUAGCAGUAAACGACGAAAGCUGGAUGGACAAGGACAUCCUCCUUCCCCAGCCAAUGCCGUCAGUGCCGUCAGUGCCGUCAGUGCGAUUGCAGCUCGUCGGCGUCUUGGUGCGUCUGCUGCGUCUGCCGCGUCCGCCGUACAGAACAAGGAAACGCCAGCGCAGUCAUUGGGCCCCAGCACAAACUCUUUCAGUGCCCUUCAAUCUCCCAAACCCAACAGACAAGCGGCCAGAUGUCCUAAAAAGGGUGGCCUGCAAGCUUCUUCGCGGCGCAAUGAUGCGGAUCAGCCAAGCACUCUGACGCCCCUGAAGAGCACAAGCCGAGCAGCAGAUGUUGAAUCUCCUGACGAGAAAUCGCAAUCGUCUGCGUCUCAACCCCAGAUCAUAAGCUAUUCGUCCUUCCAACUGAUAAAAAACAACCAUCGAGUUAAUGCUGAUGGCGUUUUGGAACUGAUGCUUAAUGAGGGCGAGCGGUUUUUGAUGCUUGGAAGUUUUGGGUUACGAGUAGUCAGCGGCGCGGCCACCAUGGCCGGAGCAAUUCUGCGCGCCUCCGAUACUAUCUACUGGGCUCAAGCUCCGCAAUGCUUGGCUCUGCCGGUUAUUCGAACCAUACAGGAUUCAACGCUGGAAAUACACAACGACCCCAAUUCAAACAACCUGAGAAGGUUGGGCCGCCUCUCUCCAUUGUUUAGGAGGAUAUGGAACGAAGGAGCGGGGAAGGACAAUGCGACCGCUGCCAAUAGGUCGUUUCAGUUUAUUGGAUGCGCAAACGAUGUUCCCAAUAAAUCUGCCAUCCAAGAGUUGGCCUCCCCGCCUGCAUGGAACAAGAUGCUGGCUUCCAUGGCACCAGCAAUCUCGGCAGGGCGGCCGUGGACAGCAUUCGUUUGUGGCCCAAAGUCGGCCGGAAAAUCCACGUUUGCAAGAUUCAUGACGAAUCGCCUCCUGACUUCGUUGGGAGAUUCAAGAACCACAAGGCGAGUGGCUGUUCUCGAUCUUGACCCGGGGCAACCCGAGUUUGCCCCUCCUGGAACGGUUUCGCUAGUUAGCCUUUCGCGACCCAACUUUGGAGUCCCCUUCACUCACGCCGCUUUUGACGACCCCGGAAACUUAAUCGUGAGAUGCCACUCUCUAGCGUCGGUGACAACCGCCUCGGCGCCCGAUCUAUUCCUUGCAUGCGCCAUCGAUUUAUACGAGACUCAUCACCGAUCAAUGCGCGACUGUCCCCUAGUCAUUAAUACUCCUGGAUGGAUUCUCGGCACUGGCCUAGAUCUUUUGGUGGAGCUGAUUACGAAGAUUCAUCCGGCAGAAGUCAUUUACAUGUCGGAAGACGGCCCCGCCGAUGUGGUUGAAGUUUUGCGGGACGCAACAAGGACCAACUUCACAGCUCUCCCGUCUCAGCCUUCAGAGUUCAUGUCCCGGACUGCUGCACACUUUCGAUCCAUGCAAGCCAUGGCAUAUUUCCAUUCACAACCGUCGAUUGGCGCCAAGCCGACAAGCUGCUCUUCGAUCAAAUGGUCGGCUCGGCCACUGAGCACAAUGCGGCCGUACAGCGUUCGCUACCAAGGCAAGAAUAGCGGCAUAUUGGGCCUUCUCAUGUACGACUUUCAGUCCUCGCCGGAUCUACUGGCAGCUUCCAUAGACGGCUCUAUAUUGGCGGUAGUGGAGAUAGAGGAGGCCGCGGCUUUUCAAGGGCUUGGCAGCAUUUCGGGACAAGUAGGAGACGCCGGGCCAUCGAUGGCCGCAGACAUCACCGUCUUGAGGACCAGAGAAGGGUUGCCGUAUAUGGAAAAUCCAUCGGAUGGGACGCUGGACCCUAGAUACUGCAAAACUAUCGGGCUAGUUCUUGUCCGAGGCAUCGACACCGAGGCUCGGUGCCUGCAAGUCAUUACUCCACUACCACUGGCAAAGAUGGAGCAGCUCAGGUCCGACGGUAGAAGCGUAGUUCUGAUUCACGGCCAUUUCGACAGUCCUCACUGGGCAUAUGCUGAGGAUCUGCACGAUAAAUCUUAUGCAGAUGAAUUGGCAGACAAGGAAGUCGAAGCCGAGACAUCGGACGGGGAAACCAGCGGCGAAGAUGACAGCAGCCAUAGGACUACUACACAAGCCCACGCGGUAGGCGCCCAUGCGGUAUCGACGGUACCCUGGAUAGAAGUCUUGAAGGGUAGUGAGAAGAGGCCGGUAGGAUCUCGCGUUUGGAGGGUAAGAAGGGACCUCGGUCGGAACAAUACUGAAUAG